UUAAUCGAAAUAAGAACCAUUGUUAUCUACACACUUUUGCCAACGAACAACAAGUUUGCUUAUCCCGGUUGCAAAAAAUUCUGGAGACCUAGAAGCGAUGAAAUCGAGGAAGGUCGAUUCGACAUCGUGUCGGGUGUUGAAGCGCUUCUCUCGGAGGAAGUUGUCGAGGUGCUUGAAAAAGUGGUAGUCGGUUGGAGCGAGGUCGGGGUAUGCAGGGUGUGGCAGAGUUUCGUAACCGAGCUCGUUCAGCUUCUUCAGGGUGGUCUGUGCGACGUGGGGGCGCGCGUUGUCGUGGAGAAGGAUCGGCCCCUUCCUGUUCACCAAUCCAGGGCUCAUGAGCCGCAACUUCCGGUGCAUUUCGUCGAUAUCCUGACAAUAUCUUUCAGCUGUGAUGGUUUCGCCUGGAUCCAAAAAGCUGUGACGGAUUAA